GGAGGUUUGACCUGGACCAACAAAUCUAGCUAGGUGAAGACCAAGUUCUUUGCGAAUUAAUGGAUGAUAAUACUGGUGCUGCUAGUGCUUCCACUGAAGAUGGUGGCGUCAAGGAGCAAGAACGGUUGUUGCCGAUAGCCAACGUUGGUCGUAUCAUGAAGAAAAUUUUGCCUCCUAAUGCAAAAAUCUCCAAGGAAGCAAAGGAAACGAUGCAGGAAUGCGUUUCGGAGUUCAUUAGCUUUGUGACCAGUGAAGCGUCGGAGAAGUGUAAAAAGGAAAGGCGGAAGACUGUGAAUGGAGAUGAUGUUUGCUGGGCUAUGGGAGCUUUAGGUUUUGAUGAAUAUGCAGGGCCUCUAACAGGGUAUUUGCAAAGAUAUAGAGAGUUAGAAGGAGACAGAUCAGCUAAUCAAGAAAAGGCUAACACAGAGGAAAAAGAGGAUUCGUCGUCGUAUAGAAAUCAUUUUAACCAAAGGAAUCAUCAGGAUGUAGUUGUCCCACCACCUCCAUUGUUGAAGUUUGAUAAGAAGAGGAAUUAAUAGCUCCUGUUCAAGGCCAUUCAAUUGAGGUUAAGGGAAAGGGAUUAAACUAGAUUUGUGGGUUUCUUUUAGUUUAUCUUUCAUUUCGGUGUUUUUAUUGUAUGGCGUACGAGAUUUUCGAUCUCAGCUUAAUCUCUAGACUGCAAUCUGAUAAACUAGCUCGGGAGGAUGCAACCACCGAAGAUUCCAUCUUAGCUUGUAUGUUGAACUGUCCAUGGGAUAUGAUUGAAAUUUGUUUCCCUAAAGAUUGUAGAAGCAAAAUGGCUAUUUUCCUUAAUCUUGACGACGAUGGGAUUUAAGUUCUUUCUGUAAGAACAAUCUGCAACAGCAAGGAAACAAAUAAGGUCAGCUAAUUAAUGUCUACGAUCCUUAGAUUUUUCUUCUUCCGAGAGUGAUGGACAAAAAAUUCUUGAAUUGUUCUUGCAUUUUGUACAUAUGAUACUUUCAUGAUUUUGAGUUGAUGGUAGGAAUUGAAGAAGAAGAAAGCACUGCAGUUCACUCACUUUGAUUUCAUCUAUAAGCCUUAUUUUGGAUUAAUAUCCAAACAUAUUAGGUCCAUUCAGGAUAUCCAUACAUACGAGUAUAUGUUGACCAAAGCUUUUACAGUACUUUUCUAGGGUUAGGGUUUCUUUAACCAAGGAUUUUGGGGAUGUGGGGGGGACCACUAAGUGUUAUUUGAUUUAACUUAGCAACUAGUUGUACUCUUUGUUGGAAUAUCUGUUUUCCACCAUUUUUCUUUAAACAAGUUAAGGACUUUCUCAAUUGAGAUCCAAGUAAGGAAGAGGGAAGGGAGAGAACAAAGGUUAGGGAUUCUUGGUUUUCUAAUUAUAGCU